UUGUGGUGACUGCUGUGCAGCUUGACCAUAACAGUCCUGAUUGGUCUGCCAUCAGGUUCAGCACACACACCAGCAGCAGCAGGAGGUUCCUCCAAGAAGGAGGAGGAGGAGCACACUUGCAGUCAGGCUCUCUGCGGUCUGGGAGGACUGAGGAGUGGUCUGGGUGCCACGUAAUAGACGGCGGGUUCAUGGAGAUGUAAAGCGGCCAUGGCGACGCCAUCCGCGGACUCCUCGGGCAGGAUCACCCCGGAGAUGCUGCAGGAGGCGCUGCAGUACUACAACUUGAGCCGGCAGGACUUCAUCAGCAUCUACAACAUCCAGCCUCUGGUCUAUGUGCCCGAGCUGCCCCGCGGCGCCAAGACCACUUUCGUGCUCAUGUACGCGCUCAUCUUCGUGCUGGCGCUGGCGGGCAACAGCCUGGUCAUCUACGUGGUGUUGAAGAAGAGAGCCGUGUACACCGCUACCGACAUCUUCAUCUGCUCGCUGGCCGUCAGCGACCUGCUCAUCACCUUUUUCUGCGUACCUUUCACCCUGAUGCAGAACAUCUCAUCCGAAUGGUUCGGAGGGGUUCUAGUGUGCAAGACGGUUCCCUUCGUGCAGACCACGGCUGUGGUGACCGGCAUCCUCACUAUGACCUGCAUCGCCAUUGAGAGAUACCAGGGCAUCGUAUUCCCAUUACGAACGAGGCAACAGUCCACGUCCAAAAGAGCGUACAAGAUGCUGGGGCUUGUGUGGAUGGCCUCAGUCAUUGUGGGUUCUCCUAUGCUCUUUGUGCAGCAGCUCAAGGUGAAGUACGACUUUGUGUACGACCACCACCAUGUGUGCUGCCAGGAGAUCUGGCGUUCGCUGGCUCACAGGCAGGCGUACACCACCUUCAUCAUGGUGGCGCUGUUCCUGCUGCCCCUGGCCACCAUGCUCUUCCUCUAUACCCGCAUCGCCUUUGAGCUGUGGAUCCGCAAGAGGGUGGGCGACUCGUCCGUGCUCAACAGCAUGAACGACCGUGAGCUGGUCAAGAUCUCCAGGAAAAAGAAGCGAGCCGUCAAGAUGAUGAUCACCAUAGUCCUGCUCUUCACCAUCUGCUGGGCGCCCUUCCACACCGUCCACAUGCUCUUUGAAUACUAUGACUUGGAGAACAAAUAUGACAGCGUGACGGUGAAUAUGAUCAUCGCAGUGGUUCAGGCCAUCGGCUUCUUCAACAGCUUCAACAACCCCAUCGUGUACACUUUCAUGAACGAGAAUUUCAAAAAGAGCUGUCUCUCUACGCUAUCACAGUGCAUGCGGCAGAACAGCCACACCGUGGCCGCCGCUCCUCCUUCACCCAAAGUGCAGUUCAUCAAGCCGCAAACCAGAGAGGCCUUCCUGGAGCCACGCGAGAGGGCACAGCAGCACGCGGAGGACAAAGGUCAGUCGAGUUCGUCGUGUGGCGAGAGCUCUCUACUCGGUGAGAAGAGCUCCACCAUUCAGACGGACCUCGCUGCCAACUCUCAGCCAAAAUGAGGUCAAAGCCCAGCAAGAUACUUUUUAAUGACAUUGGCUGUUGUACUUUUAUGUGACAUUGAAAUGUGAUAAAAGAUGGUGUCUACUUUGUCAUGAUAUUGAUCUCAUCUGUUAUUUUGUGCGCAGAUGCUUUUU